UAAACCGAGAGCUGAAAAACGAAGAAGAAGUAUAAGAAUAAUUGAUUUUGGUGGAAUAUUUUUGCAUUUGAACGGAAAAAUAGCUAGAAAUAACUAUGAGUAAGUAUUCAAGUGAUUCAAAUUCUCGUGACAGAACUAGAAGUUAUAGUCGUUAUUAUAACCAAAGGCACAGGUCUUCAAGUUCUUCAUCCGCUGAAAAAUCAAGACAUUCCAAAUAUCGUCAUUCAAGAAAAGCUGAAUCUAAGCGUCAUAAGAAAUCAAAACGUAAACACAGGUCUAAUAGUUCAUCAGAUCGUUCAACAUCUAGACACAAACAUUCUAGCCGUUCUCAUCACAAAGAUGAAAGUCGCUCAAAAAAAAAACACCGCAGAAGAAGUUCAUCUACCAGUAGUGACUCAGAUCAUUCAAGUAUAUCAAAUAAAGAUAAUUAUUCAAAAAGUUCCAAAGCAUCUCAUAAUGAAAAAAGUAAAAAUGAACAACCUAAUCUAGUGUUUAACUCCGAAUGUGAAAAAUCGGUAGUAAAAUCUGAAGCUGUUACAUCUAAAGACGAAAAUAUAAAUUGGCUUGAAAAAAAUGUUUAUGAUGUUAUGAGAAGAGAAAAUGAAAUUGAACAAAUCAAUCAAGAAGGAUUUGUGUUCAAAGUAUUUAAACCAUCAAGUGAACUGAAAGAAAAGUGUAUUGAACAUUUGAACAUCAGUUAUGAUGUACCAAAAUUUAAUGAUGAUAUAGUUAAUAAUUUGAUAGUUGAAGAUUCAGCAUUUUUGAUAUCAAAUCGACAUAGAUUAUUGAAUGCCAAGUACAAGUUACUUACAAAAAAGGAACGGUGUGAUAUCUGGGCAAGAUAUUUAUUUGAUUCUUACAAACAGUCGGAGCAAAAUAAUGAAUAGUUCUAUUAUUGUAAUUAGGAGAAAUUUAUUCACGCACAAUAUAAAUCAGUUACUUUGGUUCAAUGUGCCAAAAAGUUGACUAGAAAUUUUAAACUAUAAUUAAAUUGAUUAAUUUAAUUUUUAAGAACGAAUGAAAUUAAA